GGGAAGCAGCACGGCUUUCUUGAUUCCUCGAGGCAACAGAUCGAUCGAUCGAUCGCGUUUCUCCAUGGAGCGGAGCAGCUCGUUCGGCACGUCGUGGGCCGACCAGUGGGACUACGGCGGCGACCCGAGCCCGCGGGCGGCGCGGCGUGACGGGAAGAAGCAGGGCGGGGUGGAGAAGACCAAGGCGGCCGCGGCAACGGGGCUGAAGAAGGUGAAGGAGGGCACGGCGCACGGGUUCCAGUGGAUCAAGGACAAGUGCCAGAAGAAGAAUCACGGCGGCGGCGGCAAGAAGCAGCAGGCCGACGAGGAAUCGGGGAUCGCUGGGUACCAGUAGACGAACCCGAUUUGUUGAUUGGGUAGCUGCAGUUCUAUUCGUAGGCUUAUGAUUUAUCCAUACGUGUAUAGUUGGGGCAUGCCAGCUUAUUUGCUCGAUUUUGUAUAUACUGUAGUAUCUUAAUGUAGAUGGAUAUCUGAAUCUUCAUAUUGAUUGGUUCGUUGUUUUGUAGCGUAUCGCUCUCGUUUGAUCUGAAAAUUUUUGAUGUUGAUCGGUUACAGCA